AUGUCACCCCGGCCCGCCCACCAACCAAAUUCAAAAUUUCUCCACACCAUUCAAUUGUACGCCAUUUGUAUGGAUUUGUAUGACAUGUUUCAACCAUUAAUUUUCAAAACUACCCUUGGGCGGGCUGGCGAGAUGUCACCCCAGCCCGCCCACCAACCAAAAUCAAAAUUUCUCCACACCAUUCAAUUGUACGCCAUUUGUAUGGAUUUGUAUGACAUGUUUCAACCCUUAAUUUUCAAAACUACCCUUGGGCGGGCUGGCGAGAUGUCACCCCAGCCCGCCCACCAACCAUAA